ACUCCAUCAAUUUUAGAAAGAAAAUAUAAUAGAAUUAUUACUUCCUCUAAUAUUUUGUCUUAUCAUCAAAUUUUUCAUUACUCUCUCCAAACUUAAAAAAAAAAAACACACACACACAGAGCCAUAGAUACCAAUUACUAGCCUCAACAUAAACUUUCCACAAACACAUUCACACUUCAGCUCCGGAUUCGCACACGGAAACGACAACCUCUUGCUCACUCUUCACCCUCCAACUGAAGCAACACACACCUCCUGCAACUCACCCUCCAUUACUUCAACUGUUCAACAACAACUUAACCAAAGCAGUAGACGAGAGGAGAAGUGGAACAAGACCGCACAUCCUCCACGAACGGGGUCUCGCCGACGUAAAGCCAAAGGCAUUGCCACCGCUUAACAAUGGAAGGUAGAUCUCACAUUGGUCUUUUACUUCUCCUUAUUAGUUUUACUCCAUUUUUGGUAAAAUGUAAUUCAUCUUCUCAGGAAAACGAUCUAAAGGUUUAUAUUGUCUACACCGGAAAUGCGUUAGGAAAUGAAACGUAUUCACUGAUCCGUUAUAGAGAUUUGAUAGAUCAAGCUGCAGACAGCAACUCGGCACCCAAAUCUAUAUUAUCCUACUAUUGGAAGAGUUUUAGUGGUUUUGCGGUGAAGCUAACAAAAAAGGAAGCUGAUAGAAUGGCUGGUCUUAAAGGGGUUGUCUCUGUUUUUCCAAAUAGAAGAUACAACAUCGAUCCACCAGAAGAUAGCAAUUCAUUGGAUUGGAAAGUACUUUGUUUAAGUUACUUUUUUACUGUAAUUCUAUCAUACUACUUUAUGUUUUUUAUGUUGGUGGGUUGUGGCUGUAUUCUACAUUUGUGUAUAAGUUAGUUCUUUUGUUGUGGAGGUUUGCUUUUUAGUGGUUUUUUGGUUUCUGUUCUUGGUGGAUUGAACUUUGUCCCAGUGUUGUUGCCUUUUAGUUUCUCUAGCUUUCUCCUUCGAUUUCCAGA